AGUGCUGAGAGGCAAAAAGGCCAGACCCCCCCCUCCACUCUCCUUUUCUACCCUCUAAUCUUCUUAUCCCUUCAUAAAGCUAUGAUAAUGUUCUUAAAACUGAAGUCUUGAAGUGGGAUUUUUAGAUUCAGAAUUAGCAGCCCAAUUGGUCUGUCAGCAAAACCUUUCUGGUUUGGGUUAUGGACAUUCAUCAGCAUCUAGAAGACAAAGAAAGGCAAUUGGAGAAGCAACAAUUGCCAGCUAAUUCCUCUUCUCCUCAUUCAGCAUCUUCAUCUCCUUCUCAUGAAUUUUCCUUCUCAGUUUCUCUUCAAACUUCCUUCACAGACAAAGCCAAAACCUCACCUUCCUUCACUAUUGAUUUGUCGCCAGCAGAUGACAUCUUCUUCCAUGGCCAUUUGCUUCCUCUUCACCUCCUCUCUCAUCUUCCAGUCCCUCCCCGAUGCUCAACCAACUCCAUGGAAAGCUAUACCCUUCCCAUUAGAGACCUAAUAAGUGAAAAGGAGCCCAAGAAAGAAAGUAGCAGCUUCAUCAAUCGCAAGCGCAAUGAACACUGCCAAAACAACAGCAAUGAUACAAGAGAAAAACCUAAGUCCAAAUCUUUCUCCUUGCUCGGUUUAAGGUGGAGAAAGAGGUCUGACGUUGAAGACCAAGAAAAUAAAGUGGAACAGGAUAAAAGGAAGUUGGGAUUCAACUUGAGCAAUGUACUGAAGAGAUAUGCAAGAAUGGUGACGCCAUUUCUACACUUGAGAGGGAAAAGAGAUGAUAUGCAACUACACAGACAGUAUAAUUCAUUUUCAGGUAAUUUAAGGUUGAGAAAGAAGCGAGGAAGAAGAGGCGAGUUCUUCUCAGCCCCAGUUUCCAUGAGAACAUCUCCAACCAAUAGUGGUGUCCUCCUUACUACUCCAACGCUUCCUCCUUCCACCAAUAGUGAUAGCACAAUGGAGGAGUUGCAGGCAGCAAUUCAAGCAGCAAUUGCUCAUUGCAAGAAUUCAAUAUUAAAAGAGGAAAGGCUCAAGUGUUAAAGAGCAUAUACAGCGGGUACAUUUUGUUCAUAAGUCAUAUUCUAUUUCUUUAUUAAAAAUUAUUCAGCCUCUUUGCUUUUUCUGCAUUUAUGUGCGUGGUAUGUACGUGUAUAUAGACAAAAAGAGAUAGCAAAUCAAUCCAGAAGGUCCGGUUUGAUAUAUAUACUGUGUGUGCACCGGCCCUUUCAAUGAUUUUUUGAUAAUGCAACUUAAAAGAGGUGUUUUAAGAAUAAUACUUAAAUGCACCGCUUUUUGUGUA